AUGACUUCCCUUCCCACCCCACCCAAGUCCGACACCGAACUCCGCUGGAAACCAGCCAUCGCAACAAUCAGUCUAGGAGCCGCAAACCUCCAUUCAAUCACAAGCAAAAUCGAUGCUGCGGCCCAAAACGGCCAAGAAGGAAUCGAACUCUUCCACGAUGAUCUAGCCCAACUAGCCAAAACUCUCCGCGGACAAACGCUAUGCGAAGAGACAAAGACCCGCACCGAUCGCGAAUACGAGAUCGACGCCGCGCAUGUAAUCCACGAUCUCUGCGCUGAGAAAGGUCUCCGUAUCCUCGCUCUCCAGCCAUUCCGGCACUACGAGGGAUUGAUUGAUCGUGCGGAACAUGUCCAGCGACUAGAUGAGUUGCAGCACUGGGUAUCUCUUUGCAAGAUUCUAGGCGAUUCGCUAUUCAUCCUGAUCCCAUCUUCAUUCCUGGAUGAGAAACAGACAAGUGGUGAUCGCGACCUUAUCGUAUCUGAUCUAGCCAAAGCUGCUGACCUCGCUUUCCCCGUUCGGAUCGCCUACGAGGCACUGGCCUGGGGAACGCAUAUCAGCACGUGGGAGGAUUGCUGGGAUGUGGUGGUGAAGGCGAAUAGGCCAAAUUUGGGUAUCUGUUUGGAUACGUUCAAUAUAGCUGCCCGCGUUUGGGCCGAUCCGUUGAGUGUGGAUGGACGCUUACCUGCGCAUGCGGAUAUGGAUCUACAAAUUUCCAUGGAGCGGCUUGUUAAGGAGGUUGAUCCGAGUCGUGUUCUGAUGGUUCAGCUUGCUGAUGGAGAGAAGGUUGAUCCGCAUGAACCGUUCCUGAAGGCUCCGGGUUUGCAUCCUUUGCUUGCUUGGUCGAGGAAUGCGAGGUUGUUCCCGUGUGAGGAGGAGCGGGGUGGGUUCCUCCCCAUUCGGCAGGUCACGGAUGCUUGUUUGAAUGGGUUGGGUUACUCAGGCUGGGUUAGUAUGGAGGUUUUCUCGAGGACUCUGGCGGAUGAGAGUCCGUUGGUUCCGAAGGAGCAUGCUGAACGGGCUGGUAGGUCUUGGCAGCGGGUUUUGGGUAUGCUGGAGGCGAAGGCUGAGGAGAAGGUUGAGAAGGUGAAUGCUAUUUAA